CCUCUCUUAUGGAAGAACGGGUGAAGCUACUACCCUUCUGGCUGCCUCAAAUGGAGAAAGACAUCCGCAAGAAACCCAAACAACCCAAGAGAGAAAAGGUAAUCGAGUAUGGUGGCCACGACAACUCUUUGCAGUCGGAUUCGGUCAACAACUUCAAUGUUGGGACCAAUUCUGGGCGAAGCCGAAGCAGCACCGCCAGUGGCUACGGCACGGUUAACGG